AUGGCGAGAGAAGCGGCAGCACAGCAGCAGGCCAAUGAGCAGAGCUCGGCCCAUACUCGUAAACUGAAGGAGGGGGAGGAGGAGGAGGAGGAGGAGGAGGAGGAGGAGUCGCCGCAGGCAAGAGUCAAGCGGUUUCUAUUGGAGGUGGAUGCCAAACACGCGUAUGCAAGAGAUAAGGACGAUGCUACGAAACGAUUCCAGUAUUUGUUGGGCUUGAGCUCGAUUUUCAGAAAGUUUAUCGACUUGAACGCGUCCAAGGACCCAGAGUUCAAGAAACGGGUCCGCGAAAUCGACAGCAAGCGCUCGUUCCAAGAGUUAUCCAAAAAGAAGCGAAAAUCCGGUUCUCGAAGAAGGAAAACGGAAAAGGAAGAAGACGCCGAAUUGUUGCACGAUGAGGAAAACGAAGACGACAAAGAGAACCAGCACACGGUAAUGACGGAGUCGCCCCUGUACGUGCACGAGGGCAAGCUAAGAGAAUACCAGAUUGAAGGUUUGAACUGGCUCAUCUCGUUAUACGAGAACCGAUUGAGUGGGAUCCUUGCUGACGAAAUGGGCUUGGGUAAAACUCUUCAAACCAUCUCGUUCUUGGGCUACUUGAGAAACAUCAAGCACAUUGACGGCCCGUUCAUCAUCAUUGUGCCAAAGUCCACAUUGGACAACUGGAGAAGAGAAUUUGCCAAAUGGACACCCGAGGUCAACGUGGUUGUGCUACAGGGCGACAAGGAGGAAAGAAACAUUCUAAUCAAAGAGAAACUCUAUACCGCGCAAUUUGAUGUGUUGAUCACUUCAUUUGAGAUGGUCUUGAGGGAAAAGAGUGCCUUGAAAAAGUUUCGAUGGGAGUAUAUUGUGGUUGACGAAGCUCAUCGCAUCAAAAACGAACAAAGCUCAUUAUCGCAGAUAAUCCGGUUGUUUUAUUCGCGAAAUCGGUUGUUGAUCACGGGAACUCCCUUGCAGAACAACUUGCACGAGCUCUGGGCAUUGUUAAAUUUCCUUCUCCCCGACGUCUUUGGCGACUCGGAGCAGUUUGAUGAGACUUUUGAUCAACAAAACGGAGGUGACAAUGUCGAAGAAAAGGAUAAGCAGGAAGAACAGGAUAAAAUCAUCCAGGAGCUACAUCAGCUUCUAAGUCCCUUUUUGCUUCGAAGAGUGAAGGCCGACGUUGAAAAAUCGCUAUUGCCCAAGAUAGAGUCCAACGUGUACACGGGCAUGUCCAAUAUGCAAUUGGAGUGGUACCGAAAGUUGUUGGAGAAGGAUAUCGACGCCGUCAACGGGGUCGUGGGGAAACGAGAAGGUAAAACGAGACUUCUCAAUAUUGUCAUGCAAUUGAGGAAAUGCUGCAACCACCCUUAUUUGUUUGAUGGUGCCGAACCUGGACCCCCCUAUACAACUGACGAGCAUCUAGUGUUUAACUCGGGCAAAAUGGUGAUUCUCGAUAAGAUGUUGAAGAAAUUCCAAAAGGAAGGGAGCCGAGUGCUAAUUUUUUCACAAAUGUCUCGUGUAUUGGACAUUCUUGAAGAUUAUUGCUACCUACGAGAAUACGAGUACUGCCGAAUCGACGGUUCCACAUCUCACGAGGAUCGUAUUGAAGCCAUCGACGACUACAAUGCUCCUGACUCGUCCAAGUUUUUAUUCUUGUUAACAACACGAGCUGGUGGUUUAGGUAUCAAUUUAACUUCGGCAGACAUUGUCAUUUUAUACGACUCCGAUUGGAAUCCGCAAGCCGACUUGCAAGCAAUGGACAGAGCUCAUAGAAUAGGACAAAAGAAGCAAGUCAAAGUGUAUAGAUUUGUCACUGAAAAUGCUAUUGAAGAAAAAGUGUUGGAGAGAGCAGCUCAGAAAUUAAGAUUAGACCAGUUGGUGAUCCAACAGGGGCGACAUCAGUCCAAUACCAACAACACAGUGGGAAACUCCAAGGACGAUUUGAUAGAAAUGAUUCAGCAUGGUGCCAAGAAUGUGUUUGAAGGUGGCAACGCGGCGGCCGACUUGUUGGACGAUGACAUUGACAAGGUCUUGGAACGAGGUGCCGAAAAGACCAAGACCAUGAAUGAGAAAUUCAACAAGUUGGGUUUGGAAGAUUUGCAAAAUUUCACCUCGGAUGGCUCUGCUUAUCAAUGGAACGGUACAAAUUUCGCCAAAAAGGAAAACAACGGCUUGGGGUUCAGCUGGAUCAACCCGACAAAACGAGUCCGCAAAGAGCAAACUUAUUCCGUAGACAACUACUACAAGGAUGUGCUAAAAGCACCGCCGCCUGUGCCAAAGGAGAAAGUCGUCAAGCAAGUUGUGGUGAAACCCAAGGCACCUAAGCAACUAAUACCUCAGAACCACCAAUUUUUCCCUCCAGGGCUCGAAGAUCUCUUGGAAAAGGAGCAACUUGCCUACAAAAAGGAAAUCAAUUUCCAAUACUCGCUAGAUGACUUUGGCGACUCGGAUGAAGAGUUUAUGAUUGAAGAGGAUAAACCUGAUCUAUCACGCGAGCAGAAACGCCACAAGGAACAACAGAAAAUCGAUAAAGCCAAACCACUAACGGAAGAAGAACUUCAACGCAAAGAUCAACUUCUUGCUGAAUCUUUCUACAACUGGUCUCGACGCGAUUUUACCAAUUUCAUCCAUGGCACCGCUCGUUAUGGCCGUGACGCAUACGCCAAAAUCUCCAAAUCGCUAGGUCGAAACUCUGCUGGCAAGCUCAACAAGUCACGACGCGAAGUGGAACGAUACGCGCUUGCGUUCUGGGACAAGUACAAGCAGAUUGACGGCUACGAAAAAUACAUUGCUCAAAUCGAAGCCCUGGAAAAGAAGCAUGAAAAAUUGCAGUUCCAGCAGAAUUUGCUCGCUGCGAAAAUUGAAAAUUUACAGGACCCGAUGGAGGACUUGGUGAUUGUGUACCCGCCCAAUAACUCCAAGCGCAUCUAUUCUAAAGCCGAGGAUAAGUUCUUGCUCAAUUGCGUCUACAAGUUCGGCAUUUUUGACGAGCGAUUGAGCUUCAAGAUCAAGCGCGAGAUUAGCGAGUCGGACAUUUUCAAAUUCGACUGGUAUUUCCAGUCGCGCACGCCACAGGAAUUGGGGCGACGCGUCACGACGCUACUAUUGGCGUUGAAACGUGAAGCCGAUGGUGGCGUGCCGCUGACUGGUGUCAAGGGAAGGAAAAAAUUGGCGAAUGGCAACUCCGCUAAUGGAUCAAGGAUGAAUUCAGUCGAACCAUCUUCACUUGUCCCUACUCCAAGCAAGCGGACGCCUCUGGAAUCAGAUGAAACUCCCGAGAAUAAAACAAAGAAGAAGAAAAAAAGAAAAUUAAUUUGA